GAAGUAGCCGGAAGUAGGCGUAGGUUGGGAAGUUGAAAAUGGAAGCUGCUGUGUUUAUCCUGUCGCUUGUCGACUGCUGCGCUUUGAUUUUCUUGUCUGUGUAUUUUAUAAUCACUCUAUCUGAUCUUGAAUGUGACUACAUUAAUGCCCGAGCUUGCUGUUCAAAGCUAAACAAAUGGAUUGUACCUGAACUAGUUGGUCAGGCUCUGGCCACACUGCUAAUGCUAGUCUCCAUGCACUGGUUUAUUUUCCUCCUCAAUGUACCUGUGGCAUCGUGGAAUGUUUACAGAUAUCUGAAGGUCCCUAUGGGUAACAUGGGAGUGUUCGACCCAACAGAGAUCCACAACAGAGGACAGUUAAAGUCCCAUAUGAAGGAGAGCAUGAUUAAAUUAGGUUUCCACCUACUCUGCUUUUUCAUCUACUUGUACAGCAUGAUCCUGGCGCUGAUCAAUGAUUGAUGCAGCAGAGACGCAAGAACCUCAACUGCCAAACCAUAAACUGUCCACUUUGUGCUGUGAAUAAAUGGUCAUCGCUCACAGCUAAAGCCAAUCCAACAAAAAAAAAAAAAAAAACACUCCAUCAGACAUGUCAUCCUGACUAUAAUCUUCCCCUUACAGAAAUAAUCAACUUGAGAGACUGGCGUUCCUAUGUGUUCCUCGCUUGUGUAUUUGCAUUGAAGUAAAGCUUUGUGUAGUUACUUGAUUUAGCUGUUUGUAUUAAAGCCGUAGCGCUGCUCACAUCGUGCGCUGCUUCUCAGGGCUGAAUCAACAUGACAAUCUUGCUGACUCAUCAGAGCAACUGAUAAGCUUACAGCUCGUGAGCACGUCACGUCUCCACAUGCUUGUCUUAAAUGUGCCGUCAUUGUAAAUUUUUGUCCAUCUCUCUCACAGAUGGACAUUGUCAUUUGCUGGAAUGUGCUCGCUGUAUAAUGUUUGUUUGUUAUUAAGAAUGAUUGAUUCCAAAUUAUAACAAGCACAUUUUAAAUUACUGACUUGGCAUGUGUUAAGGUUAAGUCAGGAUGUUUUUUUUUUUUUUUUAUACUUAUGAUUUAUGUAAAGGUUGUGUUCCUCUUUUCUGCAAUAUUAUUCCUUUGUCUUGAGGGUACUAUGGUUACCUCUGUGCCUUCUGGUUUUCAUUUUAACAAAUGUAUCAUUUUCUGUAUCGAGCUGCAAUUUGUUGGUUUUGAGCCAUUCUCAUAUAUCAAGAUGAGUCCAGUUAGAAUAAAAAACACUGCGCUCAGGGGUAAUAAGCUGGGAAUGGUCACUGGGCUAUGUUUAUGGGCGUUUAGUUGCAGUAUAUAUUUUUUUUUUUAUGGUAAUUUUAGCAUUUCUAGUCUCAUCCAUUUCAUGUUGAUUUAACUUUUUGACUAGCCCGAAAGCAGAAAAGCCCGGGGAUUUUUUUUUUCUUUGUUUGGUUUUUGUGUGUGAUUGUAUAAUAUUGCAAAACAGUUAAGUUUCUCCUUGUCAACGCUAUCUCCUGGACAUUGCCCUGAUCUGAUUUUGAAAAAAGGCACAGUACCGGAGUGUUAAGUCAAAGUAACUGCCACAUAAAUCAGGAAACGGUCACUAACAUUUA